CACGACCCAUACCGAUUUUACUAAAAGUCUCUUACAUGCUGCUAUAUAGCAUAAUUAUUUCUGAAGAUCUAGGAUGGUGCGAGGAAGUGUGUCUCUCUGUAAGAGGCGUUUUCAUGGCAUGAUGCGAGCCAUGAAAUUGAAGAGCAGUGUCAGAAUGUCAAGAAAGUCUUCAUCAAGUCCCACGUGCAUGUCCGAGAUGACUGCAGUGAUGAGCUGUUGGAAGGUCAAUACAUUUGACGAUGUGUCCUGCACUAGUGAGAUCAAGAGGUUUUUGGAGUGUGUGGAGAAAGCAGGCCAAGAGCCAGCCGAGUCCAGAGUGACUACUGGGUAUAGGUGGCCAACUGAAGAAGUGAACAAACAACUGAGGCAUUUCGUAUGGGCUCAGUAGAACUGGCUGCAUAAUACUAUAAUCAUAAUAAUACUUCAUCUACUUCACCUUGAAAACAGCCAAAAUGGCUGCAUGCGCUUAUUGUUUAUUCUACAUGCAUACCUGUAAAUUGUAGCUAUAAUUAAUUAUCAAGCCACACUCA